AUGAGCCGAACCGUUGACUUCCUCUCGGACUCACUAGCGUCAAAGUGCAUGCAAGAGAUCGCGGUUCGUGGUUUCAUCAAGCUCAUCGAGUACGCCCUGAGCACCAUGGACGGGCCGCUGCAGAUGCCUCACAAGUGAAAGGACAUGGUGUACUACACGACCCUUGGUUCAGGUGUGUAUCUAAUGUGGCUACAUCAAUUCGUGACACGUACCGAAGACUUAUGUUGUGUUGUGCUGGUCGUGUGAUGGCACGCCCGACCAUCAUGUGGAAUGUAGCAAAUAGUUGCAACGGCUUGAAUUUGAUGCAAACGUGUACCAGCGAUC